GAAACAAAAGAUUUAACACUCCUUAUCUUUUAUGUCAGCCAACAUUCUUUGGUUUCUCUAAGUUUCUCAGCCUCUCGGAUGCACAUACCGAUUUCUCAGCCUCUCUAAGAUUCUUCUUCCUCUCUGUCACCCUUUUGUUCCAUCGUUAUUUUUGUGUCUGUAUCAGCCUCAUCUUUGUUUUUUUUUCUUUCUUGUAAAACGUUCCCAUCUCAAGCUUUCCAUUUUUCCUCUUCUGACCACCACAAAGAUGUUCCGAACAGAAGAUAAUAAUUUCUUGUUGUCGUGUUCUGUUCUGUAUGCCAUCAUUUAAUCAGUUUUCAUUGAUUUUUUUUAAGUUGUUAUUGAUCUGAGUGAAAUGUUGUAGUGCUUUCAUGUUUAUAUAUUUAUAAACCACUUAAUAAAUAUGAUGUUCGUCUAGUUUGUUUGGCUUAUCUGCUGACUCAGUUUUGAUUACUCUUUUGUCUUGCCAAUUUGAUGCAAUCAAAUUCUAAUGAAUACCCUUCAGAUUUAUUUGACAAGUCCAUGGUUUCCUUUGUUGAAACGGAAUCAAGGGCAUUUUUUUCUCCAUUGUACAGAAAAAAUGGGAAGAAGAACAUAUAUGCCUAGGGGAUCAUAUAUAUUUUCUUUGCCGGUUUCCAAACUACUCAACUGAUGUAGGAAAAAUCCAUUCAUUAUUUUUGUUUUUUUCUGGGGAAUUCAUUAUAACAUUGUAGUACUUCUAUCCUUGUUUAAAAUAACUGUAAAACCUUUUUGAUGUUUUUAAAAGAUUGUACUGUUGGAUAUGUUCUGAGAAAAUCAGAAGCACAUAACUCAUGUAUCCCCAUAUAUAUGUAUCUUGGCAACUGUUUUUUAUAUAUGUGGUGGCUAUCACUGAUGUUUGAGUCUUUAAACCUUUACUGGUCUGUGUUUAAUUUUUUUGGGGAGUGAGGUUGGCUCUCAUUGAUGCUUUGAUAUGUUGUGAAUAGUCAUAAGGGUAAUGGAUCGCAAUUCAAAACCUCUACAUAUAUCCACUGUCAACAUGUCAUUUGAUUUUAUUAUCCCUUUUCCUCUUCUGUUUCUUUUUCUACCACUUUUAACUUUCUCUUCUUAAAAUAAUCUUUUCUUAAUCAACAUCAACUACUUUCCAAUCUCAUAUAGUAUUUAGUAGUUUUCGAUUCAAAGCAAGGAACCAAGAGUGUUUCUCCUGAUUUUUCUGGUUCUCAAUUUAGAUUUUUAGAUUAUGCUUUAGUGGCUUCUAUUUGUCAAUUCGCUGCAGGAUCUGGUAAAAAACUAUGAUCAAUAAUAAGGAAGAACAGUGACAAGGGAUAAUGUAUUUGCCUUUAUUUUCAUGUCCGGUGUUAUGGCUUGAAAGGAGAAAGAGUUUAAAAUUGUAACUGAAAGAAAUUGCAUUCGUGAUACUCUUCUAUGCUCGUUUAUUCAGAUUUUAAACCCAAAACCGAAAGCAAGGUUGUUAGUGCAUUGGUUCAUCUUCUAGCCACCACUGUUCGCAAGGAAGCUUUUUUUUUUCUGCAACAGAGUGUUUUCCAGAGUCAGUUUUCUUCCUCCGGUUUUCUUCCCGGUUCAAACCUUCCAGUGCACAUGGAUUUUAGUUGUCUUUGAAGAUAGAUAAUUAGACAAACUACUGCGUGUGGGGGAUUUUGAGGGCAGUUUCAUCUUNUGAACAGCUAUAGAUUGGAAUUCUCCUCCUCUCANUGUCUGGAGGCUUAACAAAUGUCAGCAUCAAGGUAUCUCCUCAGCAAUGGUAUCCUUUUACAGUCCUCAGAUGCCCCUCCAGUCAAAAUCUUCCUUGAAACUCAUCCAGGUGCUUACACAACAUCACGUACUUAUAACAAUGCUUCAGGGCUGUUAUUUUGGGAAAGGCACAUGAAAAGACUUUCAGAAUCUAUACAAGUUCUAUCAAAUUUUGCGCCAUGGCUUCUAUUUAAAUCUNAUCAUCCUGCAGUUUUGUCACCGUCAUCAGCAACCUUGCCAAUAUGGCAACCCACUGUACAGGUGCUUGUUAAUGGUUCUCUAUGCAAAGUCUUGCCGAGUGCUCUAAAAGAAAGGAAAGAUGGUGAGGAGCUGGCCAUUACAACUCUUGUUAGUGGUAAUUUAGAGGAAUUAAAUGCAUGUGAAACUGUUAGCAAGGAAAACAUGAGUAAAAUGCUUGAUGUGCAUGUGCACGUUGAAACUUAUGUUCCUCCUACAUUCGGUAUUUGGGGAAAUGGUGUACAUUUGGCUUUGGUGGGCUAUGGGAGGAAUGUCGCAGCUGCAAAAUAUUCAGAUUGGGUAAGGAUUAGGAAGCCUCUGGAAAAGCUCAGGCCUCCCUCAGUGACAGAACUAUUGCUGUCAAAUGAUGGGGAUCAGAUCCUGGAAGGUUGUGUGACAAAUUUUUUUGUUGUUUGCUGCAAGGUUUUGGAUUCAAAUGAUGGGAAGGCCCUGUGUGAUUCUUUUGAAGUACAAACAGCUCCUCUCACUGAUGGUGUCCUUCCAGGAACAAUACGCCAACUAGUGCUUGAGGUAUGCAGGAGUGAAGGAAUUCCAUUUCGAGAAGUUGNUCCCUCGUGGUCAGAACAUGAAAUCUGGGAGGAAGCAUUCAUCACGAAUAGCUUGAGGCUUUUGCAACAUGUGGAUAGUAUUCAGGUUCCAACAGAAUGGAAAUCAGCCCUUUUCCAUUCUAAAACUUGGAAGGAAAUAUCAUGGACAAAAAAGCAAUUUCAGGGUGGACCAGGGAGGAUCACAACUGUUAUCGAGGAAAAGAUUAUGGAGAAAGCAGUUACGGAAGGAUACCCAAUAAGUAACAUAUAUGCAUGUUGAAAAUCCCACCGAGUUGNUAAUACGAUGGGAUGAAACGGACAAUAGUUGACAUUCUCCUUCUUUAGUAGGCUUGUACAUUGGCUAUUGGCUCAUCAACUACAUGACAAUGUUAUGUAUUGGAACGUGGCCAUUUUGUUGAAUCUGAAGUCUGAACAACUUCAUGAAUCAGUCAGAGAUCGAAUAUAAAGGAACAAAAAUAGAGAAUCCAUCUCUAAUACUGAGGUCUGGCACUAUUUUAUUUUGUCGUCGUACAAUAUUAUCGUCUUGUAUCUGUUUAUGUGGAAAAUGACUUGAACCAAACAAUGUAAUAAAAAAGUCUUCUAAAAAUCUGACUUUUUUGUUUUCAAUUGUUGAAGAAAAUAAAUGGGAAAAGCUAAUCUACUAUGUA